CGCGUUAGUGGAACCGUCAUUCGAUCUAAUGGUCGGUCGAAAACGGUACACACCCCGGAAUCGCAUCGUGUAGUCCCAGUACCCAGAAUCCUUUCAACCUUCUAUUGAACACCCAUCCAUCCUAGAGCUCCUUUGUUCCGGUGUCCGGUCGGUCGGGAACCGGUUUCGACUAUUCGCUGGUCUUCGCCCCCGGAAAGCACCGAUUCGCGGCAACCGAAGUGCAAUGGCAAAUGACAACAACAACAUUAACACCGAUGAACUAACCCAGGCCGGCAGUGGGUCGUCUUCAUCCGGGUCGACGGGUAAAAGUAGCUCUUGCACCACCGACGGCGCAGACGGUCCAUCGAGCGUUGAACAACCGGUUGGUACAGCGGUACAGCAGCCUGCAAGCGCCACACCGGAAGCGCCACGGCGUGAGGAGAAUCCGUUCUCCUUCAAACACUUCCUCAAAUGGGACGGCGGGUCCGGAAGCCAUGCGGCCACUCACACCGCGAACGGUGCUGGCAGUGGCAGCACCGCUGCCGUGGCCCAGACCAGCAUCAAUCACAGUCGCAGCACGUCCAACAUUAACGGCCAUGGUAGCGUCACCGGCGGCAUUGCUGGCGAGUGCCGGACGAACGACGAACUGCUCGGCACGGCUGGCACAUCGUGUGGGGCUCUGAGCGUGAGCGCUUCCGGGGGCCAGGGUACCGCAGGGACAGGGUCACCGUCGAAAUCGGCCACCACCAGCUCGCUGAACGUGGUCAGCUCGACGACGACGGGCGCCCGUCCAAAGAUACCCCAGUUCCAGUCGGUCAACACGCUGAGCAGCGAGUCGAAGAUGAAACGCUCGCCUCGCUUCCCGUCCUUCGACUCGCAGUCUAGUUUGUCGGACUUUGCGGCCGAGGAACUGCGGUUUCCGCGCCCGACCGGCAGCACCGGAAUCUACCAGAGUCGCAGUAACAGUUCCUUCAGCGCAGACUACGCACCGAGCGGGCCAGCGGUUCCGGCUGGCGGCGCGGGCCGGCCGCGGGACGAUGCGGCCGGGAGGACGAGGGACGUGCAGCGCUCGUACUCGCACUACGAUAUGGACGACAGUCCCGGAUCGGAUGCGGUGCUGGUCGAUGGACCGGAGGAUGACGGCCCGGCGAAUUCGGCCCGCCUGGUCGGGGAGGCCGCCGCGGAGUUUGCGGCCGCUCUGCCGGACUUUGUGCAAGAUCAUCUCGUGAUGGAGCAAUGGUACAACACGCACCCGAAGGGUGGCUCCCGCGGCGGAGGUGGCUCUCGGUCCGGUGGACCGGUGGGGAGCGGGUCUUCCGGUUCGCUCGAGUUUGACGACAUGGUUGAACUGGCCGGAACACUGGGCCGUCCGGAUGCGCCCGCGCUCCUGAACGAUAUGCCGUUCGAUUUGACCGCCGGCAACAUCGGCACCGGUGGUUCCGGUGCCGGCGGUCGAUCGCGUGGUGUUCCCGUAACAACGCCUCUCGAUCUGCCCACUUCGGCAGCCGCGGGUGCCGGUGGUCCAGAGCUGGCGUUCGAUCUGACCCAGCGACGGCGCAUCACUCCGACUCCAUCGGCUGAUCUGCCUCCCGAUCUAACCGAGGGCGGCAACGCAGAACUAGGUGGUGGUGGGUCCGUUUCGGGCAGCGGUGGAAAUGGGCCAUACUUUUACUCCGGCUCCGGCUCGCCACCGUUGGGAGUGCCGGGUACCGGCGACAGUAAGAUCCACCGGUUGCCGGAUUUCCUGUCCGAUGGCCCAAUCCACUCGUCCGGUCGGCUAGCGGACGUGACGCACGACACGCCGCACGGUACCGACGACCGAUCGGCUCGGCACCGGCACCAGCAGCAACAGCAUCAACGGGAGCUCCACUUUCAGAACCGGCUGGAGAUGGAGCAGAUGGUGAACGAGCGGUUGCGCCGCGAGCUGGACAACAGCCGGCGGACGGUGGGCGACCAAGGGCGCCGUAUCCGCGAGCUGGAGCGCGAUCUCGAAACAAUGGUCACGAUGGCCGCACCGCAGCAUCAACAUCCGACGCUGGCCUCAACCGGUGGCAGCGGAUCGACGCAAUCGAACGCCAACAGUUUCAUGCUGGCCAAAUCGAGGGCCGCCACAGCCGAGGCUGAGGUGGAACGGAUGAAGCAGAAACUCACCAACAUGGGCGCCGAACUGGAGGCACUGCGGCGAGAGAACGAGCGGCUAAAGGAGAGCGGUGAGGGUGCCAUCGGGGGUGCUGGUGCGGGCGCCAGUGCUUUGCCGCGGGACGGCCUAGAUUCUGCUGCCUCCACCGGCAACAUCCGUGGUCGCCGUCACCGCCGCCAAGCGGCCGAAGCGCGGUCGGCGCGAUUUCUACGAGCCCAAACAUUGGCCCUGCGCCAGGCGGCGGUCUCAGCAGAAAAUAAUCUCAGGCAACUGCUGAGUGGAGUCGAGAAUCUGCGAUCGAUGGCAAACGAGAUCGAAAGCUUCAGCGGCACGACGACGUUGCAUGGUUCCGGCGGCGUCGAAGAAAUGGCACGCUCGUCGAUGGCCGACGGAAGCUAUGGCCGACGGGUGGUGAACGCCGUUGAUGUUGAAGACGACGGCGCUGAGGUGACGGACGGCGACGAUGAUGAUGACGACGAACGCGAUGCGCUCGGUCCGGCACUGUAAAAAGCGGAACAUGAAAGAAGGUGAUCACAGGCAGCAGCAGUAGCGGCGUGACUUUGGGGAAUCGGAAAGGGAGCGAGCGAAGCAAACAAUUGUAAAAUGAAUCAAAACUGUAAAAUCACCAACACGGCACGGAAUGGUAGGCUCGUGGCACCGCGAGCAUCGACCGCGAAUGCGCGUGACGCAACGGAACAUGCGUGUGAAUUUUACUCAUGCCACUAUCAACACACACAGCUAGUUACAAAUAGCUUACACAUAGUCCUCGUUACACAUGUCUCGCCUUUCUCUCUCUCUGUCUCUCUGCCUCGUGCUUACUGCUUAUGCUUCAGGAUACAUGUAAUCGGAACAGGGGAAUUAAUGUUGGCGCCAAGGAUCAGCCACCAGGCUUCUUGUGUUUCGUAAUGAUAUUUUCCAAUGCCACCGACAACGUGCAGCAAGUUUUGUUUUUCAUCCGUUCAUCUUCGUUCUACUUCGGAAAGCACUUUCCCCCCAACAGCCCCAUGUCGGGGGCAACCUUCGUUACAAGUUCUGUGAUGAUCGAACCAGUCAGCAAAUAGCACCUCUCGGCUUAGGAAAACGACGGGCAAGAGCGGCCACGAUCGCUCCUUUAAGAAUUGAUUCAAGUUGUGAUCCAACUACCCCGU